UCCAGAAAUCAUAUGCUUAUAAUAAUUAUUGUUUAUUGUUUAGUACAAGUAAAAAAUUUUUUUUUAAGUAUUGUAUUUUUUUCAGAUUAAACAUUAAAAUGACUGGGAAUAAAUCCCUGAGUCAUGAAUCUAGUAAAAGAAAACAAUCAUCAAUGUUAAGUUUUCUGAAACCUAAGAAAGCUAAGGAGUCUGAUGUCUCCUCCCAGUAUUCCUCAUCUCCCAAUCAAUCUACUUUAUCAACCAAACAUUCUUCUUUAACCUCCUCUUCAUCACUCUCUGCCAGUAGUCCUUCUGAAAAUACUAGCAAUGCAAUGUUUAGUUCUCCCACGUGGACUAGUUCUAAUACUGCCAGGUCUAAUUCUUCACCACCAUCAUCCAGGUCUAGUUCUUUAACUCCCAGUCCCAGGUCUAAUUCUCCACAACUACCUUCCAGAUCUAGUUCUCCAUCUCUCAGGUCUAGUUCUCCACCUCUAAGGCCCUCUUCCUCCAGUGUUCAGUCUGGCAAAAGUACACCAAAUACCUCUGACAGCUUUAGCACAUCCACUCCAAGGUCGUCAAAUCAUUCCUUUUCAAGAAGAUCUAGUGAUACUUUAUCAAGUACACAGCCAUCAUCUGAUAAAGCUUAUGUUGACUUUAGUGAAGUUCUAAAGAAGAAACCCAAUAAAGCAGAAGAAAUUUAUUCAGUACUCACUUCCAAUUUUAUUCCCCCAGAGAAUACUUGGAACCAAAGCAUAAAAGAAUACCCUAAGGCAGGAAUUGGGAAGGUUGAAAAGAGGUAUUUUCAGAAAAGCAUGUGCCCAGAUGGUUUUGCCUAUUCUUUACAAAAUAAAGGAGUUCAUUGUGUUCUCUGUUCUCAACUUGUUACUGAUGAUGUGUUACAAAGAUCUGGACUAAAAGUUUUUGUUUCAACACCAUGCUCUGAUUGGAAAAGAAUAAAAGAGAAAAUGAAAGUUCACAUGCAAAGUGAAGUUCAUCUUUUGGCUGAUACCAAGAAAGUCGCCAACAUCAAAGCAUUUGAGAAGGGAGUUUCAAUCGAAUCGUUUUAUCAGGAAAGACUCAGAGAAAAGAGAGAAAAAAAUACUGAAGUGCUACAUACUCUGGUCGACAGUGUACUUUAUCUGGCCAUUCAGGGCUUACCCUUCAGGGGACAUGAUGAAAGCUUGAAAGAUGAUUCCAAAAAUCCAGGAAACUUCUUACGUCUGUUGAAUCUCUUGAAGAAGUAUGAUACAAAUCUUAAUGAAAGUAUAAGUCUGAAAAGCAAGAAGAAAGGGGCCAAGGAGAUGACAAGCUGGAAAAUUCAAAAUGAGAUAAUUGAUGUAGUAGGUCGCCAGAUGGUUUUAAAGCAAAUCAUUGAUGAAGUCAGAGAAGCGAUUGGAUAUACAAUAAUAGCAGAUGAAGUGACAGCAUAUAAGAAGCAGUUUAUGUCACUAUGCAUCAGAUUUGUUACAAAAGAGUUGAAAGUAACAGAGCAAUUCCUUGAUUUCAAGCCUGUAGAUGAUAUCAGAGGAGAAACUUUAUUUGAGGAAAUCUCAAGUUUUAUGAGGGAAAACAACUUACCAAUGGAGAACUGCCUUGGACAGGCCUAUGAUGGGGCCUCUAACAUGUCUGGAAAAGUCAAGGAUAGUAUACAUGAAUUUUAUCUUUUCAAUUAAAUCAAAUUUUCAAAUAGAUUUUUUCUAAAUAUAUCAUUCAAAAAGAAUCAUGUAUGGUAUACUUAACUUUCUACAAGAAUUUUAGAAGAAAACCCCAGGGCUCUGUAUCUGCACUGCACAUCGCACAGUUUAAACUUAUCUGUGCAAGGUUCAUGUAAAUCAA